AUGUCGUCCCCAACAUCUUCUUCACACAGCGGCAAGCGCAAGAGAAACGCCACAAGCCAGCUGGAUGUGCCAAAUGACGCGCUCGACAACCUCCAGGCGUCCUCCCGGGAUGCUUCUGGGGAGGAGGGCGACACAACGGCCCCCGAGUCUGAGCACCGGCCCAAUGCUAAGCGACAGCGAGCCAACAGGCUUGACGAGGCUGCUACAUCUUUGACAACGGCUGACCCUGGCGAGCCCAGCGACACCACCGAGGCCAGCGUCGACAUUGCUGAGCGGGUUGGUCGCAAGGGCCGCAAGAACUCCAAUGCCACUGCGGCCGAGACCGAGAAGAUGCCUCCCCCCCCGAUUGGCAAGAUGAUCCAUCCUGCCGGCGGUUAUCGAACCAAUGCACCGCCCGUUGGUCGUCCUGUUAGAGUCUACGCCGAUGGUGUCUUCGAUAUGUUCCAUCUUGGCCACAUGCGCCAGCUUGAGCAAGCCAAGAAGGCUUUCCCCGAUACCACUCUUGUCGUCGGAGUUACAGGUGACUACGAGACACACCAGCGCAAAGGCUUAACUGUCAUGUCCGCCAAAGAGCGCUCAGAGACCGUGCGACACUGUAAAUGGGUAGACGAGGUCAUUGAGGACUGCCCAUGGAUUGUCACACCCGAGUUUCUCGAGGAGAACAAACUUGACUACGUCGCCCACGACGAUCUUCCCUAUGGCGCUGAUGAGGGUGAUGACAUCUACCAACCCAUAAAGGAGGCGGGCAAGUUCCUCGUCACCCAACGCACAGAGGGUGUCAGCACCACUGGCCUCAUUACCAGAAUUGUUCGAGACUACGAAAAGUAUAUCGCGCGACAAUUCAAGCGCGGAACUUCGCGACAGGAACUCAACGUGAGCUGGCUCAAGAAGAACGAGAUGGACCUGAAGCGCCAUGUUCAGGAGUUGCGUGAGAACAUCACCAACAACUGGACGUCGACUGGCGUGGAGUUGAGCAGGGAGUUGAAGCAAUUCUGGCCCGCCAGCCGACCGCAGAGCCCUGCCCGGGCCAACAGCGCCUACGGUAAUGACCUGGCAAGAUCUCCCACCAACACGGGGGCCAACUCCAAGGAGUUCCUGACAGGCUAUGCCGUUGGUGUUGCUGGUGGUAUCAGAUCAUGGAUGACCAAGAACAGGAGAACGGUGGGUGAUAGCCGCCCUGUCAGCGACGACGAGUCUGACGAGAGCGAUGCCAAUGUCAAUGGGAACGGCAAGGGCAAGUCCUCGGAGCCCGUCAAACUAUAG